CUCAGCCCACUCCCUCGCUAGCGGCUACCAAUACGGAACUACCCCUCCGCUGCGAACUGCGACAUCCAAACCAUCAAACCGGCGCGGCGAUGCUCCGCCGGCGCCCGCGCCUCCGCGCGUUCCUCCGCCUCUUCGCCACCUCCUCCUGCCGCCGCAGCUCACGCCUCCCCUCGCAGCCGCACCUCCCGGACCCCGCCGCUUUCCCGCUGCCGCCGGUGGCGAAGAAGGUCCCCUUCACCGUGUCGGCGCACGGGAGGUCGUGGAGCGACCCCUACCACUGGAUGCGCGACACCUCCGACCCCGAUCUCGCGGCGCUCCUCGCCGCAGAGAACGCCUACGCGGACGCCUUCGUCGGCGCGGCCCGCGGCGGCGGCCUCCGUGCGCGCCUCGCGGCCGAGAUGCGCGCGCGGCUGCCCCCGUCCGUCGCGUCCCCGCCUCAGCCUUGGGGCCCCUGGUUGUAUUACCAGUAUGUUCCAGAAGGAAAGGAAUACCCUGUUUUGUCCAGGAAGUUGAGGCCCUCUGGUGGUCUAGCAGGAGCUCUGCUUGAUUACCUUUCUGGUUCAGAGAAGGAGCAAGUGUUGCUUGACUGGAAUGAGGUUGCAGAAAGAAUUGGUUAUGUGCACAUUGGCAGUUGUCGGAUCUCUCCAGAUCAUAGGCUCCUUGCUUAUACAGUCGAUACAUCUGGGGGUGAACUAUUUUCCCUUGAAGUGAAAGAUCUUCAGUCUAAGCAUGUCAUUUUUAGUUCACCAGACAAGGGAAUAGUUAGUUUAGCAUGGGCUCGCAACAGUGAAAGUUUAUUUUACACUGUCUGUGACGAGACUCUACGUCCUAACCAGGUUUUCUGUAAGAAGUUGCAAUCAGACGAAGCGGGGUUUCUAGUUUUCACAGAGAAAGAUGUAAACUAUUGCGUGGAUAUCACAAGCACAAAAGAUUUUAAGUAUAUCACUGUCAAUUCUAACACAAGAACAUCAUCUGAGGUUUAUGUGAUGGAGUCUGAUAAUGUAAGAGAAGGGUUAUGGCCUAUAAGGAAACGUGCUGGGAAAGUGCAGUACUUUUUGGAGCAUCACAAUGGUUUUUUCUACAUCCUUACCAAUGCUCCCUUAAAAGAUACUGAACCAGCAACUGAAGGCUACUAUCUGGCCAGGAGUAGAGCUGAAAAGUCACUGGUGGAUAAAUGGCAGACCGUGGCGCACCCUGGGUCAGACUGCACCAUUCAGGAUAUGGAUAUUUUUCAUGAUAAUUUAGUCUUCUUUCUUCGAAAAAAUGGGGUUCCUCUGUUUUGCUCCAUCGAUAUGCCAAUUGAUGUUGACUUUCAGGAGCCAAAGGAACUUUGUGAUCUCGAUCCAUGGUUUUUCCCAGUACCAUCAAACUUAUGCAGCAUCGUUCCUGUAUCCAACAAUGAUUUCAUGUCAUCUACUUAUCGUCUGGUUGUUUCAUCGCCUGUGAUUCCAGACUUAACCGUGGACUAUGACAUGACAAAGAAGACAUUCAACAUCCUUCAUCAAGAGGAAGUGUCUAGCAUUUCUGCAAGUCUAGGCACUGUUGGUUUGCAAUCUAAUGUUUCAAGCAUCCAACAAAAUCUGCAGCUUGUUGAAAAUUCACAAAGUUGGAGUGAUCUUUCCGAGCUAUUUUCAUGUAAAAGGGUCGAAGUUAUUUCACAUGAUGGUGUUUCAAUACCUUUACUGAUCCUGUAUUCACGGGAAGCACACCAUCAUGGAGAAUCACCUGGGAUCUUAUAUGGCUAUGGAGCUUAUGGAGAAGAUUUGGAUAAAAGCUGGUGUUCUGAGAGGUUAAGUCUCCUCGCUCGAGGUUGGGUUCUUGCAUUUGCAGAUGUUAGGGGUGGAGGGGAUCUAUCAUGGCAUCUGGCAGGAACAAAAGCUAACAAGAUAAAUUCAAUUCAUGAUUUUGCUGCAUGUGGUAUGCAUCUCAUCAAGGAAGGAUUUGUUCACAAAAAUCGUCUUUGCGCUAUAGGCUGUAGUGCUGGUGGUCUGCUGGUGGGUGCAUCCAUUAAUAUGCUUCCAGAUUUAUUUUCUGCUGCAGUUCUCAAGGUCCCUUUUCUUGAUUUCUGCAACACAAUGUUGGAUCCUACUUUACCUCUCACUGUCUUGGACUACGAAGAAUUUGGUGACCCUAAUAUCCCAGCUGAAUUUGAUGCAAUAUGUAGUUAUUCUCCUUAUGAUAACUUAUCUCCUGGGGUAUGCUAUCCACCGGUCCUGGUGACCACAUCGUUUAAUGAUACAAGGGUAGGAGUUUGGGAAGCUGCUAAGUGGGUUGCAAAAGUGAGAGAUAUCACAUGCACGUCCUGUUCUCGGUCAGUUGUUCUCAGAACUAAUAUGCAAAGUGGUCAUUUUGGUGAGGGUGGGCGCUUCAUGCGUUGUGAUGAGACAGCCUACGAGUAUGCAUUUCUCAUGAAGGCUUUGGGGAUGGAUGGCAUAGCUAUGACAUAGUUAACUCACGCUCAAGGCUUUUCAAACAAUAGAGUUUAUGCGACUCAGAAAGCAAAAACUGAGAUCAUUAGCUUUUGUGAUCUGUAUCACAAUGGAUAAGAUUGCAUCCACAUAAUUAUUGAUUAAAGAGCCUCUAAUGGAAGGUGAUGCGCACUUGAAGUGUUCUGUUUGACUUUUCAUAGGCAAUUUGUGGGUUCCUGCAUUGUAGAUUAUCAGCUUGUGCUUUCAUGAUAGCACAGUUGGAUGCUGUCCAUUAAUAGGGCGAAGGACGAAGGGUUCUCCAUCAAUUAAGAAACCAAUCAUCAUAAAUUGUGAUCAAGUUGGCCUGUUGCUCUACCGUAGUAUGCGAUGCUGGCUGAAGAUCCUGACAGUGCUAGAUAUGGAGCUAUUGGGCAAAUAAAUUCUUGAGCAUGGAUGCUGGUUUUGACUUCUACUUCAUGUGCCAGGUUAGUGUAUGUUGCUUUCUUCUCUUUGGCUCAUCUGACGGAUCAUAUGUUCUUUUAUACUAUCCUUAAAUUAUGAUCAGUUUACAUGUCACAUGCUUAUGUACUUUUUCUUGUGUGUGAUCUUUUAAACCUACAUAUGUCAAGUGCAACAUUACAGAGUACACGAUGACUUCUUAAAAGUUAAAACGUAUUGAGCGCAGUUCUCUGAGCUUAUCCUAGUCCCCGUUUGUAUUAUACAUAUGUCCAUAUUGUCCAGUGCAACAAUACAAAGUAAAUGAUGACUAUCUGAAACGUACUGAGCACAUUUCUCUGCGAAAAUGCUAGUUUAAGAUUGCACUUUCCAUAGUGCUUCAAUUAUUUAGGCUUGUAAUGCACGGUGCUCGCACCAAUAAGUACCAGUUGGUGCACAUGGGUUCGUGAUAGAAACAACUGUCAUGCCUAGAAUAUUCUAUAGUUAGCAAGUCCCAAAGCUCCAAUUGCGCGAAGUUCAAUUUGUCCUUAUUUUUUUGAAACCAUAAUUUGUCCUUGUUUUGUCAAAUAUGAGUUACCCAGGAUUCUUCUGCACGGAUAUGCUUUUAACCUU